CGCGGCCCCAAACCAUCGCAGAUAGGAUUUUACUAGCCCAUCGGACGGUUCGCGUAUUUUUUCUGUCGCGUCGAAAGUAUUGACGGUCAAGUUUCUGCAGCAGUCUCCAUUCCGUGCCGUUUUAGGAUUGGUAAGCUUUUUGGGAAGUGUCGCUUUCGUAAGAUCAAGAAUUCGUCGCAGUGGAAACCCCGAUUGCCCCGGAUAACGGAAUUUCGGAUCCUCUAUUCGGUGGAGCUGAAUCAAAUUAGCUUCGGCAGAAAAAAAAGUAUUUCGAGACUCGAGAGCGCCCCACAGAAACGCACUCGCAAGAGGGGAGGUUGUCCAGAGAUAUUAAACAUACAUUGGACUACCCCGGGAUCUGUAUGACCUGCUGUAUGCGGCAACAAUUUAGCUAUCGAGGGACCCUCGUGACCGCAUCAAUUGCCGCUAGCUGACCUGGAGCAGGAGGAACCAGCCAAUGAUGAUGGACCAACAACAACGACGACGAUGAUGAUGAUGUCGUGCGAUUGUCACGAUUGUUGCUGUUGAUGAGACCGACACGAAUGAUGGUUAUGAUGACGCCAUUAGGCUGAUGAAAAAUUUGCGUGAGCUGCGGAGAAGAAGCCCCCGAAACACCCCGUAAAACGCCAAAGUCGGCAUAACUGUCGAUCGACAAUUGAAUCACACGGUUCCGGCUCAAAUCCGGUUCCUAGGAAGAUAGCUAGAAAGAUAGACAGACCAAAUAAAAAAACGGCCAAUAGCGCUUGCUGAUUGCGAAGGUAGAAUCUGUUUUGUGUAUGUGUGAACGUUGUGAUUGGGUCAUUGAGUGAUAAUUUUUGUUACCCAUCACGACGACGCCCCGUCGCCGUCAGAGAAGAACCUGGAAGAUAAGAAACGAAACGUACGAUAUUAGAGAUUUGAAUCGCUGCAAAAGCUUCUCGUCUGUGUUCAGUGUACCUAGUGUAGGAAUCUGUAUCCGUUUAGCGGACUUUGAUAGUGUUACCGGGAACGUGAUAAUUGUUACUGGUGGAAAUAUAUUACCUCAAUCUUCAUCCGAAGCAACCUAGAGCGAAGAGUAGAGUAGCGAACUGCAGCAUAAAUCAACCGAGUUUAGAAGUGUGACAACCACCGGAAAGAACCGAGUGUGUAUUGUAUUGUUUUGUGUUCUGUUGCUGCAGUGCUGACUGCACCGCGGUGUGUUGUGAAGAUCGAAGAUCUGUGAUAGCCAUCACUCUACUAACAACUAACUACUACAAGUUACUGCUACUACUACUGCAAUUGUACAGCAAAAACACCGGCAAAAAUGUCCAAGAAACCGACCGCGGGACCGGCACUGCACAAGGUCAUCAUGGUGGGCAGCGGUGGCGUUGGCAAAUCGGCACUCACCCUGCAGUUCAUGUAUGACGAGUUCGUGGAAGACUACGAACCGACCAAAGCCGACAGCUACCGGAAAAAGGUGGUACUGGACGGCGAAGAGGUACAGAUCGACAUCCUGGACACGGCCGGCCAGGAGGACUAUGCCGCCAUCCGGGACAACUACUUCCGUAGCGGUGAAGGGUUCCUGUGCGUCUUUUCGAUCACCGAGGACGACAGUUUUCAGGCAACACAAGAGUUUCGGGAACAAAUACUGCGCGUGAAAAAUGACGAAAACAUCCCGUUCCUGCUGGUCGGCAACAAGUGCGACCUCAACGACAAACGGAAAGUGCCACUGGCCGAGUGCCAAGGUCGGGCCCAACAGUGGGGAGUGCCAUACGUCGAAACCUCGGCGAAGACGCGUGAGAAUGUGGACAAGGUGUUCUUCGAUCUGAUGCGCGAAAUACGCUCGCGGAAAACGGAAGACUCGAAGACGACCAACGGGCGCGCCAAAGACAAAUCGAAGCGAAGGAAACUGAAAUGCACACUAAUAUAGACAAAGAGAGAGAGAGAUAGAGAGCGAUAGCAAGAAGAGCACCCGCAUGAGUGGCUCAGUGUUAGAGAAGAAGAGGGAAAAAGUAAAAGCGAACGCACUCGAAUUGUUAAACACUCACACACACAAAUACAUCCAUAAAGGUUAGAAGAAUGUGGUACAGCGUUAGCCAAGAGGAAGAAAGCGAACAAAAAACUACGUAUAACAACAAAAACACUCAGAAACAGUUCAGACCACACACACACUUACACUUAUCGUUUAUGCGCAUAAUGGGAUAAUAGAAGCAAACCGUGUGUCUGGUUUUUAUUAUCUUAGGUUUUGUUUUUAAGUUUAGGCGUAGAACUUUACCGUAUGAUGAAACGAAGAGCAGAGUUACGUCGUCGUAGCGAAGAUUAUUUGUUAGGAAUAAUAUGCUAAGCAGAAGUAUUGAUCAUAAUGAUAUACGAGAGAAAGAGAGUAAUAUGGAAAUCAGACUAAAAAAUCGCUUAAGCUAAGUGAGCGAAACAAGCAAACAAAAUCUAUUGGUGUACAUUUAAUGCUUUCGGUGUUAUUUAUUUCUGUUCUACACGAUUAUUUUUUGGACGUAUUCUUCGACUGUUGUAAAUUGUUUUCGUAAAUGCCUCAUCGCCACAGCGUUGCCACAAAUAACAUUGUCCAUUGUAUUGUUUCUUUUUUGUUCUAUUGUGCUGCGCUAGUAUGUAUCGUUAGUUUGUUUGUAUAAGUUACAGUGUAGUUCUGUUCAGUGUUUCUGUUUCCGAAAUCUAGCGAUCGGUUUUAAAAUGACCGUUCGUAAUUUUGCGGAAUAAGAACCAUUGAACGGAUAAGUAUAAUUUUGAUGCUUCACAAAUCAUCACCGGAUUCCUCUUAAAUUGCUGCUAGUGUGCCGCAAAAGCUAAACGCAAGAGUGUGCGUGUCUGCAUCGAAGUGUAAGCAAGAGAGUGUCCGCCAUAUUUGCUGUACGUGCGUUUGGCUGCCAUAUUGGAUUCAUUUUUUUUCAACACAUGAUAUUUUUUCCAAUCUUUUCUUGAAUGUGCCUUUUUUCCUUUUGUAAUCAUUUUCACAAAAAACAACCUCACCGGGGUUCAGAUAUUCUACGAUUUGAUUCGGGAUAUUUCCAACCGCAAGAAGAAAAGCCAGGAAACGGUGCAACAACCAAAGGGCGAGAAACGUCGAUGCUGUCAGUUGCUGUGAACACACACUGAAACAAACAAAAACCAUUACAUUACCGUACAUGUCGUGUAGAUCCAGCAGCCACUCCGUGCUUCGGUGAGUGAACGCCUCACCUUCGUCAACAACCGAUGAUAUUUUAUUCAACGCAUUAUUCUCAGAGCCGCUUCCUUAAACAAGUUUAAACCUAAUAAAACCCAGUGCGUAUGCUGGGACAUUUUUUACGUUAAUCAAAGUUAUCACAUCGAAAUUCAGAGUAUCAAAUUUCUAAUUAAAUUUAAAAAAUAAAAGAAACAAUCGAUGUACAAAAUUUUAUCGAGAACUAAAUACACAUGCUUUGCAGCUUACAUUUUUCGGUUCUUUUUUUAAAAAGUGACAAACAGAAAAAGUAUUGAUGAAACACAAACCUAACCUCAAACCAUUUCGGUCGGUUGCUACCUGGUCGAAUAAUAUUCAAACAAAAAAAAUGCCACUCAUAGGAACAGAUAACCGACUGACUGCUUAUCGCAUCAGGUGUAAAGCGUGUGUAAGUUAGACUUUGUAAACAAAAGGGCGCGCAGAAUGUGGUGUGAGAGACCAGACAGGUAUCAGUCGUCGUACGUGCUAGCAAAAGUUGACAAAAAGCAAAAACAAACUAAAUCAAACAUGCCGAAAGAAAACAAUCUCUCAACAAAACAAGUGAAUAAAGACUAUUGAAAAAUAAACAAACAAUGAUGGUGAAGAAAAUUUAGAA